AUGGGAGGAGCAGCGGUAGAUGAUGAGCCUAGUGAUGUCAAGGCACCAGACGGAGGGUGGGGCUGGGCAGUGCUGGCCGGAGGGUUCGUCAUCACUGGGUUCUCCUAUGCCUUCCCCAAGGCCGUCAGUGUGUUCUUCAAGGAGUUGAUCAGGGAGUUCGGAGUGGGAUACAGCGACUGUGCAUGGAUUUCUUCUAUACUGUUGGCCAUGCUCUACGGCACAGGUCCACUGUGCAGUGUGCUGGUGAACAAGUUUGGGUGUCGGCCAGUGAUGAUGGUGGGAGGGCUCUUUGCCUCCUUGGGAAUGAUCCUGGCCUCCUUGGCCACCAGUAUCAUACACAUCUACAUCUGUACUGGAGUUAUAACAGGUCUGGGCCUGGCACUGAACUUCCAGCCGUCUCUGAUCAUGCUGAAUCGUUACUUUAGUGAGAAGAGGCCUCUAGCUAAUGGACUAUCUGCUGCUGGGAGCCCUGUGGCCCUCUGCUGCCUCUCUCCUCUGGGACAGGUGCUGCAGUACCACUAUGGCUGGAGAGGCGGCUUCCUUAUCCUGGGGGGCCUGCUGCUCAACUGCUGUGCCUGUGGGGCCUUGAUGAGGCCCCUGGUGGGCCCCAAGAAGCCCCAGGACCAGGAGUUGCAGGCUGUGGGCGAUGCAGAAAGAAAGCUCAAACCUAAGAAAAAGCUCCUGGAUUUUAGUGUAUUUAAAGACAGAGGUUUCCUCAUCUAUGCCAUAGCUGCGUCCAUCAUGGUACUGGGUCUUUUUGUGCCGCCCGUGUUUGUGGUGAGCUAUGCCAAGGAGAUGGGGAAUGAAGACACCAAGUCUGCCCUCCUCCUCACCAUCCUGGGGUUCAUUGAUAUCUUCGCCCGCCCCACAUGUGGGCUGAUUGCGGGGAUAAAGUGGGUCCGGCCUAGAUGUGUGUAUCUCUUCAGCUUCGCCAUACUCUUUAAUGGCAUUACCGAUGUGAUCAGCUCACAGGCGACAGACUACCCUGGUCUGGUGGUGUUUUGUAUCUUCUUCGGGCUCUCUUACGGGAUGGUGGGGGCGCUGCAGUUCGAGGUUCUCAUGGCCAUCGUGGGCACCAAGAAGUUCUCCAGCGCUUUAGGGCUGGUGUUGCUCAUGGAGGCUAUCGCUGUGCUGGUGGGACCGCCUGGAGCAGGGCGUCUGCUGGACACCACCCAUAGCUACAUGUACGUGUUCCUGCUUGCUGGCUGUGAGGUCAUUCUGGCCUCCAUUGUCAUCUGCAUAGGCAACUUCCUGUGCAUCAAGAAGAAGCCAGAUGAGCCUGAGGCCCAUCUAGAGAAUGGAGCCCCCACAGAGAUGGAGAAUCUCAACAGCCUGCUGGAGGCGGAGGGAGGAGAGCAUGAGAGGGCUCAGCUGGCAGGGGUGAGGGGUGGCACCGCAGAGGCAAAAUAG